CCCGACCCAGCCGAACCGCAGCCCUGCAGCCGCUCCGCCCCAUGAAGCUGCCGGCGAUGAUCAAGAAGAUGCGCCCGAGCCGCGCGGAGCCGAGCGUGCCGGCCCGGAACCGCUCCCGCCUGGUCAUCCUCGGCUCCUCCAAGGUGGGCAAGACGGCCAUCGUGUCGCGGUUCCUCACGGGCCGCUUCGAGGACGCCUACACGCCCACCGUGGAGGACUUCCACCGCAAGUUCUACUCCAUCCGCGGCCAGCUCUACCAGCUCGACAUCCUGGACACGGCCGGCCGCCACCCGUUCCCCGCCAUGCGGCGCCUCUCCAUCCUCACGGGAGACGUCUUCAUCCUCGUAUUCAGCCUGGACAACCGCGAGUCCUUCGAGGAGGCGCAGAGGCUCAGGCAGCAGAUCCUGGACACCAAGUCCUGCCUCAGGAGCAAGCCCGGGGGGCGCCUGGACGUGCCCCUGGUCCUCUGCGGCAACAAGGGCGACCGCGACCUGCACCGCGAGGUGCAGCCGGCCGAGGUGCGGCGGCUGCUGGGCGCCGGCCCCGCGCGCUGCGCCUACUUCGAGGUCUCGGCCAAGAGGAACAGCAGCCUGGAGCCCAUGUUCCGCGCGCUCUUCGCCAUGGCCGGGCUGCCCGGGGAGAUGAGCCCGGGCCUGCACCGCCGCCUGUCGGCGCAGCACGGCGAGGCGCUGCACCAGGCGCUGCGGGCCGGGAAGCAGCCGCGCGCCGGGCCGGGGGGCGCCCUGGGCAUCGUGGCGCCCUUCGCGCGCCGGCCCAGCGUGCACAGCGACCUCCUGUGCGUGCGGGCCAAGGCGGGCGGCCGGGCCAAGGACCGGGAGCGCUGCGUCAUCAGCUAGGCCCCCGCCGCCCGCGGUGCCCACGGAGACCCUGUCGUUUAAAGUCCAGUCCGCCCUGCGCUCCAAGGGCCCUGGCUCUUCCCUCCCCAGAGCCCGCCGGGCCCACCAACUGGGAGGCGAGAACGGAGGGCAGGUCAUCUGCUUUGGAAGGAACGCGAACUGGGUCACAGGUGGGCCCUCCCCCACGUCUGCGUGCCCACUGGCACCUGCCACCACCCCAACCCCCGCGCCUGGCUUGGUGGGCACAGGCCCAACAACGGUGAACUUGCCCGGUUCCUCAGACGGAGUAACUGGGACGGGUGUGUGUGGAAGCGAACCAGCCACCGCUGAGCUCCCAGAAGCCCGUCCUGCCCGCCACAGGGUGAAGGGAGACCAGGGCAUUAACUUGUCUGUGAUCCUAGGUUGCCAUGGCAACUGGCAAAAGCUUUUCCCCUUCUGAAACUAAGGGGUCAGAUCAGCCAAGUGUCUUGUUUACAUGUGUGUGGAACUGCACAAAGGAGAAACUUGGUGAACAUGAACAAAACCGCGUCCAGUGUUUAUACUGUGUGUAAGACGUCUCAGUGAUUGUGCUGGUUAUUUUACUAUAAAAUAAUUUAAAAUGAAAA